CCCGGCGGGGCGCUCCGGGAUCCCCCGGGGCCCUGCAGCCCGGGCCAAACCACCAUGAAAGAGCCCGAGCCCGAGCCCGAGGCGCGGGCCAGCCCCCGGGACGCCGGUGUCUCGCCGUGUAGACGCACCCAGAGAGCCCGGGGCCGGCGGGCAUUGGAGCGCGACACCCGCUGCUCGCGGCCCGUGGAGACCGCGGCGGCCCCCAGCUGCCCUGGGGCUGGCAGAGGGCUCCGGGGCUGUUGUGUCCAGGGGACGCAGGCUCCGCUCCAGCCCUGCUCAGCCAGCCGGGAAACGAGGCAGAGAAGCAGGAAAGAGCGGGGCCCCUCCGGGUCCUGGGAAGGCAGCACAGCCAGGCAGGGAACGAGCUCGCUCUUCGCCUCCCAGCUGCCCGUGGCUCCUGGCUCCUGACGCGCUGGCCGGGGCACUGGGCAGAUCUCAUAGCUCCUCUGGCGCCCCAGGGGCAGACCCAUGGGCACCCCUGCCUCUGUGGCGUGCGACCCCCUGCAGUGCCAGGUUCCUGAGGCCCGUGCCCGGAAAAGAGCUUCUGCCAACAUCUUCCAGGACGUGGAGCUGCUGCAGCUGCGGCGCCUGUUCAGGAGAAGCGGGGAUGAGCGGGCAGAGGAGCGUGCCCAGCUGGUCUGGGAGUACGCAGGCAACCGGCGCACGGCCCAAGCACUGCGCCAGCUCAGGAGCAGGCAGAGGAGGUGGCGGCAGCAGCCACCCCAGCUGAGCCCAGCAGUUCAGGACAGCAGUGACCCAAGGCUAGAGGACUGCACCUCCCCCGGCAGCAGCACGGGGCUGGAGGGGCCCAGCAGGGACAGGCAGCACCCUGCCCCCAGGAGGAAAAGUCCAAGGACCAGGCGGAGGAAGAGGGGGCCUGGGCCCACAGGGUACCUGCACCAGCUCCAGCAGUGAGCAGGGCAGCUGGCGCUGGGAGCUCCCAGCUGCCUGGCCAGGCUCAGCCCCACAAACUGGCAGAGACUCCAGGGGUGUGUGUGAAUUCUGUCCCCCUUGGCUAGAGCUGGGCCAAGCAGCUGCAGCUUCCCCCCACCCCAUCCCCCAACUGGUGAAGGGAGAGGGGAUCGGAGGGAGGGAGCUGCACGGCACUGGGGGGACCAGCCAGCAGAGGACAGCUGCAGCCUCCCCCACCCCCCCCAAUCCAACACUAACCACCCAGAAGGCCCUUUGCUCAGGGGCCAGGGCCUCUGGGACCUGAGUGGUGCUGAGCCUUGGCUGGCAGCUGGACUGGAACCCAAAUGGGGAGGGGAGUGACCCCAAGCAGGCAGCCCUUCAUGUGUGGGGCAAGUGCAUCACUCAGCCCCAGAGCUGGCUUUCUAGGGUGCCAAGUCCUAUAGGGGAGCCCGAGCCUCAGCCCAAGGAAAACACUUGAUGCUUGUCGCAUACAGCAGGACAGAGCGUGUAAUAAAAGCCUGCGCAGUGA